GUGUUUAUGUAAAUUUCUUAAUUUGAUUAUAUUCUUUAACUCAAAGUUACAAUAAUAUUUUUUGAAUAUUAUUAAUAAUUCAGUAAAGGAACAAACAGAUGUCUCGAAUAGGUUUGCUUGCAACCCUGCUGCUAAAUUUAACCGCUCAAACAACAGAAAAAUUUACUACAAUUUUAUUAGUUAAGUGAUUAAAUCAGUUAAUAAUAAAAAAAAUGUCUGAAGAACCUCCAAAAAUUCGUUUUAAAAAUCCACAGUACAGCUAUAUUGAACCUGGUGGCAAAAAGCACGUCUUUAAAUCACUGAAACAAAUACUGGCGGUAGAGAAAACGCAACAGUGGCCAGAAGGCACAAUGUCGUACACCUCCUUUAAUGCGCCACCCUCUUUGCGACCACCCAAAAAAUAUUCUGACAUAUCAGGUCUGAUUGCGCCGUACACUGAUCCUCACUCUAAGUUGCGUUAUGCCAAUUCUGAAGAAUAUACGGUGGUGAAGACUUUGCCUUCCGAUAUUGUCGCAGGUUAUUUGGCAUUACGUGGUGCUAGUAGUAUUGUUGGCUAAUAAUUAACCAAUUUAGACUAAAUAAAGAUAAUAAGCUUAAUAAUUAAAAACGAAAUACAAAGUUAAUUAGCAGAAAUCCAAGACCAUAAAUGCUGCAGGUUCUCGAAAAAUAUUUAGAAUUUUGAAUACGUUAAUUUAAUUUCGGAUACAUUCAAGCAAAUUCAAAAUUGUGGGUGAAUUGAAAACCAAGUAAGCACUUCUUGAUUUUUAAUAUAUAAGAUAAUAGUGGCUACUCGAACAUUAUAUCAGUAAAUAGUUUUAUAGAACUACUUAUCACAAUUUAUAUAUAUGUUUUAUUGUUAUUGUGAUAUAUUUUAUUUAUUAUAGACACAUUUUGCUUGUAAAACUCUUCUUCUUGAACAACAAGUGGCAAGAAAAUUACUGCAUAAUAUUGAUAUAAGUACAUUUAUGUACAUAUCAUACAUGUACAUAUAUAUUUAUAUUUAUUAACAACUGAAACACUUAAACUCUUA